AUGGUUUCAGCUUGGUCAAUUCCAUAAGCGAAAAGACAAUUUUUAAAAAGUUCAUGUCCUCCAGGGCCUGGAUAAUAUAAUCUAAAUAAAGGAUAUUAUUAAGUACUAAAAUUAAAUCCUAAAUAUUCUAUUGGAAAAUCAAAUAGAAUAUUAACAAACGAAGAAACCCCUGCACCUGGUUAGUAUUAAUAUAAACCAAUUUUAGGCUACGAAGGUCCCAAAUACCACAUAGGUGAAAAAAGAAAUUUAAAUUUUGAUGAUAAAGAAAAAUUAAAAUAGCCUGGACCAAGUGAUUAUUCUCCAAAUAAAAUUUUAAAAUAGAGUCCUAAAUAUUCAAUAUAAUAAAAGCAUACAUUACCUACAAUUAUGGAUAAAUUAAAAGUACCAGGACCUGGCUAAUAUAAUAUAAAUAAAAGCACAUUAAAAGACCAUACAUAAGCAUUAUUAGGUUAUUAAAAGAGAGAUUUAUUAUUUGUAACAAAUAAAGAAUUUCCAGGGCCCGGAGAUUAUGAAAUAAAUAAAAGCAAUAUAAUUACCCUAAAAAAUCAGCCAAAAUAUACUAUAGGAAAUUAAGAAAGGAAUUAAUUAAGUUCUUAGAAAUCUAUGUUACCUGGCGUUGGUUAAUAUUCUAUAUAAACUUAUGAUAAAAUAAAAGGAGGUCAUAUUGGAACUUAUAAAAAUGAUAAUUAAAAUAAUUCUAAUAGCCCAGGUCCUGGAGAUUAUUAAGUAAAAGAUAUUUAAAAAAAUGCAAAACAUGUAAUUUUUGGAAAAACAUAAAGACAUUUUAAUGUAAUAAAUAAUACACCAGGACCUUAAUAGUAUAAAAUUAUUAAUUCAGGUAGUUAUACUGCCAAAAAUAAUAACUCAAGUUAAUUUUAAAAUACUAAUUAUGAAUCAGGACCUGGUCCUUAAAGUUAUAAAAUUAAAGAUGUUUGGAAUACGAAAAAAGGAGUUUUCAUUUCUGCUAAAUAUGAUUCAGGUGAUAAAGAUAAAGUGCCCGGACCUUCUGAUUAUAAUCCGAAUUAUGAUUUUAUUAAAAAUAAUUAAGCAAAAUAUUC